AUGCCCACUGACCCUAGCAGCAGCAACAUGACAGUGAAGGGACACUUCAACGAGCUUGUGCGCAAGUACGAAGACGGCGUGCUGAAUGGCAACCACCCCGGCGGGCCGAGCGGGGCCGCCACUUCUCUCAUCCCCCUAUUCGAGCAGCUGUGGCACCAGAUGGCAGCGAUCGGCGUUCUCUCCCCCAACGAGCAGCUGGACGACCUCUCCACGGGCUCACUGGAGCUGCUGUGGACACCGUACCUCAUCGCAGACCUCUACCAGCGCGUACAGGGGCCGCUGCCAACGCCUGAAGCCACAACAACAUCACCAGCAACGACACAGGAAGUAACGGGUGUGAUGCCGCGCGAGGAGGCCCUCUCUCGCUCCCACCGCUGGUACGAUGUCUACUUCAAAUGGGCGCUUGACUACGAGCUGGUCGACGAACGCACGCUGGAGAAGUAUCGGACUUACCGCGGGGACCAGCGAACCCACCGCAUCGAGCUCUCUCGCAAACUGCGCGAGCUCGAGGAGGAAAAGCGUCGCUGCGAGGACCGCGUGCAAUACCUGCUGGCGAAGCGCAAACGCAUGAAGGCGCUAAUGGAGGCGGACGACGACAAUGUGGCGGACACCGGCGACGACGACGACGAGGAGGCACUGCGUAGCCGCGCCCUUGCACGCCUCCGCUGGUCCGUCUACGAGGGCUGCCACCAGCUACAGCUCUCCUCGCGCGAGCUGGAGAUGCUGCAAGCGCUCUCACCCGAGAGGCGUCAGGCGAUUGCGACAGAGCACCAAAACACCAUAGAGGCGGUGCGCCGCGGCGAGAAGUCGCUUGGCCGCCACACGUAUACAAUUCUCCCCGGCGGUCUCAUCGCACCAGGCGGCCCGUUCCGAACCCCACAGCUAAGCAGCACGGCGAUGAGCGCAAUUGCCAACCAGCAGGCCUUCCGCCAGCAGGUUGUAGAUGAACUUAUGAUUGAGCGUAACACGCCUACCAUGACGCUGCAGGAGUUCGCAGAUAUGGAGAUGGAUGACGUGCAGCGGCGGAUGGAUGCGAGCGCAGAGGCGCAACGACAGCAGCAGGAAGAGGAUGAAAAACUCGGUCCCGAUGGCGUGGAGGAACGGCAGCGGCAGCGUGACAUGCGGAUGGCUGACUGGAAAGAUGACCAUGCGCCCAUUGGACAGACAGAACGGGGUAACUACGCGUAG